GUCGUCUCGACACUCGCGCGCGCGUCCACGCACGCGCAUCGCCUCGACCUUUCCCCGGUUCGAGCGUCGCAGCACGCGGUUCAUCGCGCGCGUCGCGACCCCGCGUCCCGUUUAAAUCGUUCCGUCGGGCACCCUCGCCUCGUCCACGCGCGCAUCGCGGAGAGCUUCAGAGGACAGACGUCAUGGCGCGGGAGCAAGCGAGCUUUUUCACGGUCGUCGUGAACGGACAGAUCGAGUUCGCGGACCUCCCCGGGUGCGACAACGCGUACGUCAAGUACGCCAUCGUCCACGGCGACGACUGGACGCACCUCGACGGCCCCGAGGAUGGCAUCUCGCAGAUCACGCGCAAGAACUCCGGGGACCCGGAGCAGAAGCUCGUGUGGAAUUUUCCAGUGGAGGUGACGUACAAGUCCACGAACGCGUUCGGAUGGCCGCAGCUCGUGCUGUCCGUGUUUGAGAUCGACGCCUUCGGCAGGGACGUCGUGCGCGGGUACGGGUGCAUUCACCUCCCGGUCGCGCACGGGCAGUUCACCAGGAAGGUGCCGCUGUUCAAGCCCCUGAGCGCGACGAUCGUGCAGCAGAUCGCGAGCUUCUUCAGCGGACGGCCGGCGGAGUUUUCGAACCCAAAGUUCCCCGCGAUGGGCGAGGGCAGGGAGGUGACGAGGGUGCAGAGCACGGGGCACGCGUCCGUGGCGUUAAACGUCGUCACGAAGGACAUGGGAACGUUCGGGUAUUCGGAAGCGCGCGGCGCCGCCGCAAGGGUCGUCGUCUGAGACCUCGACCGACGUCAAAAUACUCGCAACGGACGCGACAGGGGCGUUAUUAACUAGGGUAGUGUACAGUCACGUUAUGUAUAAACACAUGACCGCCCGUCUAUGCU